AUGUCGGGCGACUCCAAGGCCAUCAUAAAGGCGCUUGAAUCGGUGCUGAUCCAACUCAGCGAGAAUCCUUAUCCGCAUGUACCAAACCCACCCAACACGUCCCAGAAGAGAGCCAGUGUUGCUGUGAUCAUACGCGUCCGCCCCGCCUACAGCCCUGUUCUCGCAGUGGGCAAUGCCUCACUUGUGGCCGUCGACUCGCCCACUUCACCUCCAUCCUCGUUAUCUGAAUUCUUCGCGCAAGAUUGGGUACGGGAAGGCGACCCUGAACUGCUCUUCAUCAAACGCGCUGGUCGAGCAGGAGACAGAUGGUCGGGGCAUGUGGCUCUGCCGGGCGGGAAAAGAGACCCCGAGGAUGAAGACGACUUGGCUGCGGCCAUCAGGGAGACACGGGAAGAGAUAGGCUUGGACCUGGAAACGGCCGACUGUCUCCAUGCGGGCAACUUGCCAGAACGACUUGUUACGACUUCAUGGGGCAGGGAUGUGCUGAUGGUACUGUGUCCCUAUAUCUUCCUGUUGACGGACAAGCACGUGCCACCUGUACAGCCACAGCCAACAGAAGUAGCCUCAAUACACUGGGUUUCGCUUCGAGCCUUGCUCUCGCCCACGCUACGCACAAGGGAGGCCGUGGACAUCUCUGCCCGAUGGGCCAAACGCGUUGGCCCGACUGUUCAUAAACUCAUCCGCUUGACAAUGGGCCGAAUGAUGUUCAGCGCAGUCCGUCUCCUCCCCACAGAAUCGGUCUAUGCCAGUUCAAUCCCAGAUUUUAUACCCAGGGAAGGAGGAGACAACCUCUCCACUUUAUCAGGCUGGGCGCAAGCUCCCUUCGGCGUCCCUUCUUCCAACUCUGCACGCAACGGAUUGCUAACAUUUCAGCAACCACUCAUUCUCUGGGGCCUCACCCUGGGCGUGCUUGCAGACCUCCUCGAUCAGCUGCCUCCGUACAACGCGGUGGCUUUGUGGAAAUAUCCCACAUUUACUGUGCCUGACCUCCGCCUCAUUGUCUAUCUCAUGACCCGCCAAUUCCGGAAGAACACUGCCGAAGCAUUUUCCUCCGGGUCAUGGUACUCUCAGAAGCAACCGCGGCAACGGCGACGACCGAGCCAAACUGCCAUGGACGGCAUGAGCCAGGCGAUUGCGAUAUCGUCUGAUGAACCCGCACCCGCUAUGGGUCCAGAGUCUUCGUCCAUAGCAAAACGAUCAUCCUUCAACAAGCACAGUGUGGGUAUAGGCGGCCUCGGUGUAGGGAAGAGUCCAGACCAUGCCGUCGGCAAGCUACUGUACGGAUACUACGACAGAGUCAAUUGGGCGGUUGGGGUAUUCUUGGCGUACAGGACCAUACUGACGGCGGGUACGGUGUGGUGGAUUGUAAGAUGGUGGAGAAGACGAAGCGAAGCACGUGUGUGA